AUGCCUUCCAUGACCCCGGAGGAGGAUUCGGCCUUCAGAGCCGAGAGUCGAGCGGAUGAGGUCUAUGCGAUACAUCUGACAUUCUUCCUUCUGUCAAUUAUCUCCGUAUUGGCGAGAUUAGCUGCGGCAAAAGUGUCGGGGAGGAGGUUCACGUGGGAUGAUUGGCUGGCUAUAGCAAGCCUGGUUUUCAUCGCUGGUGUGUUCACCGGGACCAUGCUUUGGCUACGAUUCGGUCUCGGCAGACACGAAGUCGUGGUUCAGGAGGAGGAUCCGAUGAACAUUGUCUACUUCUACCAAACAAUAUUCGCGAACGAGAUCUUGUACCCGUUUGGACUGGCGACUGCGAGGCUAUCUCUUGUGGUGUUAUACCAUCGAAUAUUUGGGCUCUUUAACGCGCGAUACUACUUGUACGGCUUGAUGGCCUUCAUCAUGGCUUGGGCAAUUUACGCUACACUACCGCUGAUUCUGGCCUGCAAUCCUGUCUCAAACUUCUGGACAAACCACAGAAACUGCAUCGAUAUUUCGAAACUCUAUAUCAGCAUAGCGGUCGGCAGUAUCAUCACCGAUUUCAUUCUCAUCAUUCUUCCGAUGCCUUAUGCGGCACAAUUGCGGAUGUCAUGGUACAAGAAAAUGCUUUUGUUGAUGUCCUUUGUGUUUGGCGGCUUCAAUUGUUUUAUAACCAUUAUCCGUCUAGUCAAAGUCACAACAUUUGACUUCAAAGAUCCGACUUGGGGAACAGUCGAUCUAAUGAUCUGGACCGGUCUGGAGGCAUACUGGUACGUGUACAAGCUCAAUUGCCAACGUAGGUGGAAUCUAUUGACCAGUUAUUCAAGUGCGGUGAUAUGUUGCUGCCUACCAACACUCCGUCCCUUGUUUAGCUUCCAUCGGACCAGAGAACGUUCCCGGCAAAAGUCCGACAAGAACGUCAAGGCCUCAGACCCAAGUACGGAAGGGACUCUCACGGUGCAAAUGGCCGAGGCCCACGAACUUGAUGAACAGCUGAGAAAACCACGUCCCGCCCACCGCACACUGGAGGAGCAGUUUAAAGACUUUGACUUUGGCACAACGACUUUGAAUGAUCUACGAAGAUAUGGCAGAGCUUCGGACUUUGAUGACUAG